CACAUCAGAUAAAAAGGCAAAAAGGGACCAACAUAUAGAGAUAGAGAGAGAGAGAACAGAUAGAGGAAAGAGACACAAUCACAUCACACAUAGAAAAGAGAGCGUGACGGACAGAUCGGAAAAAGUAAAAAAAAAUUGGCUUUGUUUUUCGAUACUCAAUUGUCUUCCUUUCUCCUUAUGCGAUGUUGCUUUGUGGGGGUUUCCCUGAAGAUUUAGCAAGGGAGAUUCUGGUGAGAUUGCCUGUGAAAUCGUUGUUGCGAUUCAAAUGCUGCUGCAAGAACUGGUAUGCUCUUAUCAAAAGUCGUAGUUUCAUUCAACAACAAUUGAAUUGUAGCAAAAACAAACUCCUGAUUUAUGAUAAUGGUGCAUCUCCCAUUCCCUUGAUUAUUUUGGAUGAUCAAAGUCAAGAAAAUAUUCCCCAGAGGUUUAGAGGUAUGGCGACCCUCUUAGGUUCUGUGGAUGGCCUGUUUUAUUUGGAGUGCCAAUUCGAUGAUGAACUAAUCUCGUGUGCAUUAUGGAAUCCUGCCACCAGGGAGGUGAGACCCCUCCCCCUCCCUCCACCCGAAAUCAGUGACGGCUCUCGCCUUGGGUUCGGAUUAGACCCCUUGACUAAGGACUAUAAGGUGGUUCACUUUCGCUACUCCUUUGAUUAUAAUCAUGUAAAUGCAGCAGUCUAUUCCUGUUCCCGAGACUCAUGGAGAAUUUUCAGACCUAAAGAUUCCUAUAAACCCCACUUAUCAAACAAUGAAUGCCUCCAGGGACGCACAUAUGGUACUACUUAUUUGAAUGGAGCUUAUUACUGGCUGCUAUGUGGGAUGGAAAACUGCAGCAUUCUUUUAUUCAACUUUGGGAGUGAGGUGUUUGAAGAGAUUGGAGGACCAGAUGGUCACUCUGUUAGGCUUGUGCCGAAUGCCCCGCAUCUAAUAUUGCUUGAUGAUUCCAUUGCCAUCUUGAGCGGAGUUGACCGUUUUUUUUUUUUUGAUAUAUGGGUAAUGAUCCAACCAGGGGUAUGGAACAAACUUGUUACCUUUCAAUGCUUCACACGCAUUAAGUCUUUCUGUGAUAGCUCUCUCAUUCUGGUAACAAAAGCUUUUCAACUGCUCUCCUAUAAUGUUCGGACAAAUAAGACGAGGCGUCUUGGAUUUCGUCAUUUGGGCCUGAAGGAUGACCUAGAUUUUGGUGGCUGUGGGGUAUAUUGUUAUAAGGAGAGCUUAGUAACAAUUAAACGUGGAGAGGUGGACCAUUUAUUUCCUGACAUAUUUGACUGACUCCUCCAUUGAGCUUUCUAACAAGUGCAUCAGAUGAUAUGCGGCACACUCGCUGAAUCGAGCUUAUACGCAUGUUCACUCAAUCUUUUAUCAUUUUCAUACUUCUGAUUGCUGUCAUAAAGUGUGUGGCAUUGGGCUUAUAAGAUUACUUGAGCAGAUGAUAUGUUAGCACAUUCUCUGAUCUGGGUAAACCCACUCUUCUACUUGGGUGCCACCCUGCCUUUCUUAGUUAUCAUCAUCCUUAAGAUAAAGUAGUUGUCUUUUGAUCUUCGAAUCCUUGAAUUUGAUGCUUGCUGCAAAAGUUGUACUAUGUUUAACUAGUAAAACACUUUGUUGAUGUUUUGAUUUACUCAAAUGAUCGACUUAUGUCCUUUAUUGUAUU